UGUCAUCCAGUGUAAAAAACGAUUUUCUGUCAACUUUUAAAAAUUGGGAAGAAAAAAUUUUGUAGUCGUUGUCAUGUUUUUCCGCAGUUCGUUUUUGCUUUAAAUUGCAAUAAAAAAUAAAGUUAAUUAUAUUCAAAAUUGUUUUAUCUUCUUAUCUUGUGUAAAUAAUUCAAAAAUAAACAAUUGAAAGCUAAUGUAGAACCACUGUGGAAAAAUACGGACAGAAAUAUGCGCUUUAAUAAACAAGAACUAAUUGAAUUUGCCAGCAAUCCAGAUACACAAUUUGAAAAGGAAGGUCUUUUAUUUAUUACCGAACAAGAGGGUUAUUUAUUUCGUACAAAUGUAAAUUAUCUUCGAUGGUGCAAAUUCCGAGGAAAUCUUCUUUUUUAUUUGAAAGACGAAAAUAGUUCAUCUAAACCAGUUGGAUUGAUUGUUGUAGAAAACUGCAAACCUGUGAUAAAACCAAAUGAAGAAGAACCAGAUGGUUAUCCCAUCUAUUUAGAAUUCGAAGGCAGCGAACCUCAGCGAAUUGUAGCCAGAACCUACCAAGAUCGCCUAGAUUGGUAUACAUUACUACAAAACGCUGGUUGUGCCCAACUGAAUCUCCGUAUUGAAAUUUUAACCAGUCAAAUUGCGUAUGCUAGUAUGGGUAACCGCAUCGAAAGGGGAACACCUGUGGUGGCAAAACCCCAAGAAGAAACUGCAACAAAAAAAGAAGAAGAUCUCAUUGAAAUUCCAAUUUGCGAGUCAGCACUUUCUUGUGAUACUUUACCUUCGGACGAAAACGGCCGUUAUCCAAACGCUCUAAUAACAGUUCAAAUACGCAAUGGCAUCGAUUGCUGUUGGCGACAGUAUGCACGUACCGAAGUUGUUGAGAACACUUCAAAUCCUCAGUUCCUGUGUACAGUAUGCUUCCGAUCUAGUGAUUAUUUGAAUGCAGAAUCUCUAAUUCGGUUCACUUUGUAUAAUGUUAUCGAAAAAGUUUCACAAACUUCAAUUCCGCUUGGAUUUGCUGAAAUCAGUCUCGGAGUUAUACAGGAUGCAACAAGAUUUCGAAUACCUUUCAAAUCUUCUAGUGGAGAUGUGGGUUUUAUUACAAUUGCAUCAUGGGCUCCAGAUCCUGAGGUACGCCCACCUCGAUCACCAGCGAAAGUAACAGAUCAGCAUUUCAAAGGUCAUAGAAGAUCACAGUCACUUCCAUCAAAAUUGGGUGUUAAGCUCUUCAUUCCAAAUCAAGAGAAAAUAUUUGAGGUUUUCACCAACCCAAGGAUUCAUACAUACCGAUUACAUUCGGGGCUGGGUGGUGAUAUAAGUGUUCAAGAAGUUUUGAUGGAGAGUCGUUAUUGCUUUUUAAUUCCACAGCAAUUAUUAUCAAUAUGGAUCAUGAGAGAAAAAGAACUUCUACAAGAAAUAUCAGGAAUGGGUGAACUUGGGGGUGAAUGGCGACGUCGACAAAUUGAGUUGCUUGACAAGCAUUUAAAACUAUUGAAAGAUUACUCACAAGCCAAGCAGGUAUUGCAGCAAACUAUGAAGGAAGACGGUCCUUACUUUAAGCAAUCUUCAGCAAAAACAGACGAUUCAUUAGAAUUUAUCCCAGUUAACUUACAUUUACAACGAAUGUGGGCACAUAAUGAUUCGCUUAAUCGUAAAGGCGUUCUAGAUGUGGUCACUGUUGGUGCUUUUACUCGGCAUGCUGGCAAACAACGAACUGGGGGCUUGAUUAAACUUCUUCAACAAAUUCGUGACUCUCCCUCUAAAUUCGAUGAUAAUGAGUGUAAAGUCCAAAUUGCAAACGAUGCCGUGCAAGCUGUAAAACAAUUGCGACGAGAAAUAGUUGAAAUCAUGUCUCAGCUCUUGUGUUUAGCCAAAUCGAAAAAUCCGAAAGGAAUGAUGCUUUUGUGUAAUGAAAUGAUUUCCAAAACAAAAGCCCUCCUGAACAUCUGGGAACCUCGGCUUGUUGAAGAAGCUUUUUCAUUCAUUGAACAACAUCGUAUAAUUGAAGAACCCGACAACAUGAUGAUGCCAAUGUCACCAUUUAAAAAGAUCACUCAACAGCUAAGUGCUCUUGAUCUAAAAUCUCCAGAAUUGGAAGAUUUUGCAACCCCUGUAGUUGCUCCACCUGACCUUUGGCCAAAAAUACAACGAAACCCAACCACUUCUCGACAGUUUGGGUUCUCGAGUAAUAUGCGAAUGAAAUCUCCUUCUAUGACCGAUAUCAAUACAAUAUUUUCCAUACAAAAAUCUAUGAAAAUCUAUAGCGAUCAAUUAAGUGCUAGAGAAUUAGAGGCACAAGAAGCUACACAUCAAUCACUUCCAGCAUCGGUGAAUUUUGAGACCGAUAUGAAUUUUCGAGAUUGUCAUUUCGAUGAUAGCCCAAAGGCAGGGCAAAUCUUGGAUGAUAUGCUUGUGGAUUUUGGAGCUGGAUGUUCUUAUAACCAAAAUUCAACAUAUAAUUUUGAUAUCGAAAAUCUGUUGCCACCUCCAAAUUAUUCUUCCAUAAUUGGUCAGAGUGUUGGAUUUUUAGAUACGAAAAUGAUGAGUACUAGUCCAUCGGCCAACUACUAUCGGCCAACUGAAGAACCAGAACCCCUAGAUCUCACUCAAUUAAAUAUUGAAGCUAGUGUUAUGUGCCUAGUGAGCAAAAUUAAAUUUUUAUGCGGGAGAUGUGGGAGUCCUGCUAUUCGUUUGCGACAUCCAAAAGAUGGGGCAGCAAAACGUGGAGGAAUUUCAACACAAACACCUGAUGUUGUGGCUAAUCAAGAUCAGUUUUCACCUCAAGAAAGCAAUGCGAUUGAUGAUGAUGCAGCGGUGGGUACAGGUAAUGACCUUGAUUUAGAACUCGCUGAAAAUUUAAAAGCAGAAGAAGAAGUUCAAGCGCGUUUGAAGAAAGGAAAUAAAUUCACUGAUGGCUUAGAUCUAUCUAUGACCACCGAUUGGGUUUCAGAACUUCGGCCAUCAAUGCGAAAACUUCGACAUGCUAUGGAUGGGUUGUUAAAAACUGCUAGACUAAUGCAUUCUGUUCAAAGAUUGCAACAAGAUAUGAAACGAAAUAGUGCCAAUUUAGAUAUAUUGUACCGAAGAGACGUAUGUUUCUCUCAAUCACUAACAGCUUUAAUUAGUGCUCUUAUGGCCAAACUUUGGGGAACAAAUAUCACCGAAAAUUAUAUUAAAGUACUAACCGACUUAGGACCUGUUGCAUAUUUUGAGGGUUUGUUAUCUCUUUACGGAGGUGAGACAGAUAUGUGGGGCGACAUGUCAGUUGCCAUCGAAGACCUUCUAACCGUUCGGUUUACUCUAGUCAGGAAUAAUAUUCAAAGAGAUUCUUCAUCAGUGCCAAUGCCACGUGUAAGUGGUGUCCGUAACGCUCUAAACGUAUCGCUUCCAGUGCCUGAAUCAGUAUACUCCAUUUUGCCAACUAGAGAAAUGGUCACAUUUAAGGUGACUCCAGUUUUCUUUAAUAUCGGCAUCAACGAAAAAGCUACUUUAGCCGAAGCACUUGGUUACAAUCGUGACCAACAUCGCUCGAAUUGGGAUAAUUUUGAGCGUUUAAAACAAUAUCACAUCAGUUAUCGCAAGUUAAACUUAACUACUCCUGAUACUCCAACUAAAGCUGAACAACAUUUACCCCCGCAAGCGGCAACGAAUUUUCUAUAUUUAAUGGAAGAACAAUUGCGAUCGAAUGUUUCGAAAAAUAUGAAAAUUCUACAUUUGGCUGAAGAUAUCUGUCGAUCAAUGAAUGGAUUAAGAUUUUCAUCUUGCAAAAGUGCCAAAGAUAGAACUGGAAUGGCUGUGACUUUGGAACAGUGUCGGUUGUUGGUGCAAGAAUUUCAUUUGCCAGCUAAAAGUGUACCAAAUGUUUUGAGUGCCAUGCGAAGUGAGGGUACAAGAAUGGAUAACGUGAAGAAAAAUAUUGGAAAACGAAAGUAUGCCUUCAAUCUACCACAAGUUUAUUCGUUGCCAGCGAUGUAUCGCCCACCGUUGGGUUCAUAUGGGAAAGCCCAAACGUAAAAACAAACGUUGAAUAUCUAAUCAUCGCCGUUAAGAUCCAUUAACUUAAUCAAGUUUCAAAAAGUUAAAUACACAACAAAAAUAGAAAAAAAAGAAAA